GCCUAGUCCUUUUCCAACCUUGUGGUAGUGUGUAUAAUUAAACAUUUGGGUACAUACAAAUUACAAUUCUGCAAAGUAUAAAUUUGAAGAGCAUGAUCUGUCACAUUGGAUGGUAUAUUUUGCAUUUAUAAUCUUUGUCUUCUCUAUCACAUGCUCUGCUCUGUUUUCCUCUCCAACAGAAAUCCCCACUCUGCAACACCAAAAUUCAAUCUCUGAAUGUUUCUCCAAAAUCCCAAUUCCACAGAAUGAAUCUCAACCUCAGCCACCAAUCUCCGCCGCCGGAUUCCCUCACAUUUCCGGCCAAAUUCUCCCAAUUCGGCGACGCCGAUCAGUUCUCCUGGUUCGACGACGCCACCAUUCUCGACAUCGAUUACUUCGUCAAAACUCUCUCCGGCAUCAAAGCCAACGGCGUCCGCACCGAUUUAAUCGGCUCUCUAAUCGCGCAUUACGCCGCCAAAUGGCUCCCCGAUCUCUCCGACGAGCCCCGCCUCGCGAAUUUCCACGAGUCCCCCGAGAGCGUGACGAAUUCGUGGAUGAAGAAGCGGUUCUUCGUGGAGACGCUGGUCGGAGUUCUGCCGCCGGAGAGGGAUUUGAUUCCCUGCAAUUUUCUGCUGCGGCUGCUCCGGACGGCCAGUAUGGUCGGUGUGGAGCCGCCGUACAAGGCGGAGCUGGAGAAGAGGAUUACGUGGCAGUUGGACCAGGCCUCGCUCAAGGAGCUCAUGAUUCCUUCCUUUAGCCACACCUGUGGGACGGUGCUCGACGUGGAGCUGGUGAUUAGGCUCGUCAAGAGGUUCGUCAGCCUUGACGACGGCGUCCGCAGUGGUGCUGCGCUCGUCAAAGUAGCUAAGCUCGUCGAUUCUUACCUCCCAGAGGCCGCGAUGGAUUCGAAUUUGGGAUUGUCGGAGUUCGUUGAGCUCGCCGGAGCCCUCCCCAGCCACGCCCGAGCCACUGACGAUGGCCUCUAUCGAGCCAUCGACACUUAUCUCAAAGCACAUCCCAGCCUAUCAAAGCAAGAAAGAAAGAGUCUUUGCAAACUAAUGGACAGCCGGAAGCUUUCGACGGAGGCGUCUCUCCACGCCGCACAAAACGACCGCCUCCCAGUCCGAGCCGUGAUCCAAGUCCUCUUCUCGGAGCAUACCAAACUAAAUUACCGACAUCUGGAUUGGAGUGGCUCCAUCGGCGGAGCUCGGAGCCCCUCGGCAGGCCUCGACCACCUCCCGACCCGAUGCCAGUCGAAGCGAGAGAUAACAGCCCAACAAAUGGAGAUCAAGAGGCUCAAGGAUACCGUGAUUAGGCUCCAGAACCAGUGCAAUAUAAUGCAGGCUCAAAUGGAGAGGCUGUCGGAGAAGAAGAGGGGGUUUUUCAAGUGGAGGAAAUUCGGCGUACCGGGGUUUAAGCACGGCGGAGAUUCGGGGAAGAUCGAAGACGGUGGAGAGGCGGAGGAGGAGGGCUUUGGGCGGCAGACGCCGGUGGACAUAAAAACAAAGUUGGUUAAACGUAGGACGCCCACCAAGACAUGGAGGAAAUCUGUGUCUUGAGAGGUUUUUGUAAUAAUGUAACGUUAGUUGUCUUUGAGUGUUUAUGCAUUAUUAUUCUUAAAAUUACUUCAUAGUUCAUUCUAUAUUAUACUAAUAUAUAAUUUCACUUUCUUUACUUUA